CUACCGGUUUCUUGCUGAGAAAGAGCUACCAAAACAUGAUGUAACUCCAUGCUGCUUAAAGUUGUUGUACUACGAAGAAUAACAUAUUUUCGAAGGCGGUGUCUAUCGCCACAUCUUGAGGUCUAACCUCGGUUCGUCCGAAACAUCGAUAUUUUAACAGUCAAGAUGCCUGUUCUAUGCAGCAACUGCACUCAGAAACGUGCUGUACUGAAGCGUCCAAAAACCGGCCAUUCACUAUGCAAGGAGUGCUUCUUUUGGGCCUUUGAGGAGGAGGUACAUCAAACCAUCUUGUCAGCAAAGCUCUUCAAACCUGGAGAGAUUGUAGGAAUCGCUGCCUCAGGAGGAAAAGAUUCCACUGUACUUGCGCAUGUCAUGAAGCUCCUAAAUGAGCGUUACACAUAUGGCCUUGAACUCAUGCUUAUCUCUGUGGACGAGGGCAUCACUGGCUACAGAGAUGACUCCUUGGAGACAGUGAAGAGGAAUCAGGAACAGUAUGAGCUGCCGUUGAAGAUUGUGUCAUAUGAGGAGCUGUAUGGCUGGACUAUGGAUGCUAUAGUGAAGCAGGUGGGACUGAAAAAUAACUGUACCUUCUGUGGAGUUUUCAGAAGACAGGCAUUGGACCGAGGAGCCAUCAUGCUCAAAGUGGAUAAGAUAUGUACAGGUCACAAUGCUGACGAUGUGGCAGAAACAGUUUUGAUGAAUGUCUUGCGAGGGGACAUAGCUCGUCUGCGUCGCUGCACCGCCAUCUCUACAGCCAGUGAGGGUGAAGGGGUUGUCCCGCGCUGCAAGCCCCUUAAAUAUGCUUAUGAAAAAGAGAUUGUCUUGUAUGCCUAUUUUAAGAAGUUAGACUACUUUUCUACUGAAUGCAUUUACUCUCCCAAUGCUUAUCGUGGCUAUGCGAGGACCUUUCUGAAGGACCUGGAGAGUAUAAGGCCUAGCUCCAUAAUGGAUAUCAUCCACUCUGGUGAGAACCUCUCUGUGCGUGAAGGAGUGAAGAUGCCUGUUCAGGGAACCUGCAACCGCUGUGGCUACAUAUCCAGCCAAGCCCUCUGCAAGUCGUGUGUGCUGCUGGAGGGACUGAAUCGAGGUCUGCCAAAGCUGGGUAUAGGCAAGCACCACCGCCUUCAUGAUAAAAUCCUCUCUCAGCAGCCCCUUACUGAGAAGGAGGAGAGAAAGCUGAAAUCAGCUGACUUUUGAUGAUGGUUGUCACACAAAACAAUCAAGAAAUAGAAUGAAAUUUUAGUGUAAACUAAAUUUGUUUUCUAUCAGAGUACAUUUAUUUUUACUAUUUGCCAUGUGUAUAUCUUUUCUUUAGGAAAAAAAGAUACAUUUUACAGUCAGCAUGGAUUAAAAUACUUUUUAUGUUGACAAAAGGUACAUUUCAAUGUGUUUUUAUUAAAUAUAAUAAAUAUACUAUUCUGAGUAUUGGUUCUCAUAGAUUCAAUGUGAUUGUGUUAAAGUUGCUGGAAAUAUCAGAAAAGGAUUAUCUAUCAUGAAUAUCGCAUAACUAAGACUGCGCGUCAUUAUCAUUGGUACUAUCAAUUUUUUAUCAAAUGUGUGUUUUUAUUUUGUCCGUUGUCAAAAAUAAAAGUCAUUUUACAUA